AUCACACUGAGAUACCACUAUCCACCUUCUAGUAUUGUAAAAAUUAAAGACUGAUAAUACCAGGUGCCUAAAAGGAUAUGAAGCAACUGGAACCCUUUGCAUUGUUGAUAGAAAUGUAAAUUGACACAACUUUGGAAAAUGAUUUGGCAGUAUCUCCACAGGUACAUACAAAUCUACUUUACAAUCCAGCUAUUCCACUCUUGGAUUUCUAAUAGAAAUGAAUGCUAUGUCUCCCAAAAUAUGUAAGAUUGACCAUAGAUUUAUUAAUAAGAAAAACUGGAGGGACACCUGGGUGGCUCAGUCAGUUAAGUGCCCGACUUCAGCUCAGGUCAUGAUCUCACAGUUUGUGGGUUUGAACCCUGCAUCAGGCCCUGCACUAACAGUGUGGAGCCUGCGUGGCAUUCUCUCUCUUUCCCUCUCUCUCUGCCCCUCCCCAAUUCAUGCUUUCUCUCUCUCUCAAAAAUAAAUAAAUAAACUUAAAAAAAAAAAGAAAGAAAAGAAAAAACUGAAACCCACACAAAUGUGUAUCAAUACAGAAUGAAUAUAUUGUAUCAAGAUUUAGACUAUGGCAGCCUGCAGGCAAAAUAUGGCCCGUCACCUAUUUUGGUAUGGCCAAUGACCUAAGAAAGGUUUUACAUUUUUAAAUGGUUGAAAAAAUAAGAGUAGUAUUUUGCAAUAUGUAAAAAAUUAUAUGAAAUCCAAAUUUCAGCGUCCAUGAAUAAAGUUUUCUUGGAAUACAGCCACACUAAUUUGUUUACAUAUUAUCUAUGGUUGCUUUCAUGCUAGAAUAGCAGAGUUGAGUAGGUGUGACAGACAACAUCUGGCACAUAAAACCAAAAAUAUUUAUUUGCUGGCUAAAGGACUCAUCUCGGAGUCUUAAUGUUGACAAAAACAUGCCAGGCACAUGUCAUUACAUUGAUUGUAUUCAAAUGAAGUUCAAGAAUACACAAAAGUAAUCUGUGGUGUUAGAAGUCCAAAUAAUGGUCCCUUCUAAGUAGAGUCACAGUUGACCAGGAUGGGGCACAAGGGAACAUUCUGGCAUUUUGGAAAUCAAUGUUCUUUAUCUUGAUCUGUGUGUGGUGAUUGCCUGUGUAUGCAAAAAUCAUGGAGGUGUAUAUAUAAUAUUUGUAGACUUUAUGUAAAUUAUUCCUCUAAAAAAAAGACUAAGGCUGAAAUUACACUUUUUCUCAUCUCUCUUCAUUUCAAUAUAAAACUCAUUUUUCAAAUUAUUUGCCAGAUGAAAUUCUUGUUUCUCCAAUUUAGGUAGCCACUGGUAACUGUUUAAAUUUAAGUUUAUUAAAAUUAAACAAAAUUAAACAUUCAUUCCUUGGUCAAACUAACCACACUUAAGGGGCUUGAAUAGUCAUAUGUGGCUAGUGGCUACUAUACUGGACAGUGCAGAUACAAAACAUAGAAUUGAGUUUUACAGAAAGUUCUAUUGGGCAGCUGUACUCCAAAAACUUACAUAAAAGUUCAUUUUAAAGGUGAGAAAACUGAAGUUUUGAGAUACCCAGUGCUGCAUUCACUUCUUUUCCCAUAUUCACUGCUACAGGUGAACUCACAAUGUAUCAUUCAUUUAACAUUUCUAUAAUUAUAUAGGAAUCUAUUCUAAAUUCAUAACCAUGCAAAGAAAAAGCAUUUUGUAAGUCAUAAAAUACUUAGAUUGUCUAAUUAAUCCCAGGCAUCACCCUUAUAGUCACACUGUUCCCGAGACACUCUCACAAUCCCAAAUGGAUCACACGCGUAUCCACUAACAUGCCUCUUACAGUCUCAAACACAAUCUGAUACACAGCACAUUCCCCACAGACCUCUCUUCCCCUGCAGAAGACACUUGGAUAACAAACACAUGUCCGUGAAGUGUGUCAAACCUCUGAUGCCUCUUGAGCAGAAACCCGGGUGGUCACAGCUACUGCGUCUGAGCCACAGCUCUUGUCUGAGAAAUCUGGACCCUACCUCCUGGCCUUCUGCAGCUUUUUCAGCCCUGGACUACAUUUGUCUGAAGGCUUCACUACAAGACCCAAACUCUGCCCUGUGUUCUCUGAACUCUGCACAUCUCCAGGAAAAGAACCAGAAAACCAAUCAGUCCUGAUAGUUCUAGAAAACAUGCCCCAUUGGUUGGUGACUUUCAGGGAUGUGGCCAUCGACUUCUCUCAGGAGGAGUGGGAAUGCCUUAGCUCCACUCAGAGGGAUUUGUACAGGGAUGUGAUGUUGGAGAACUACAGCAACCUGAUCUCACUAGCUGGAUGUGCGAUCCCUAAACCAGAUGUGUUUUCUUUAUUGGAGCAAGGGAAGGACCCCUGGAUGGUGACAAGAGCCAUGACAAGAAGAUGGAGCUCAGACUUGGAAUCCAGUUUUGAGACCAAAAAGUCAUCUCCAGAAAAGGGAGCUUAUGAAAUGGAAUCACUGCAGUGGGAAAAUAGGAGGAAACCUAUCAGCCAUAAUUUUGAUUACAAUGGUCUUAGAGAUAAUAUGGAGGGCAAAGGCAAAUUUGAGGAUCAACAGGGAAGUCAGGAAGGACUUUACAUGCACAUGAAAAUUACCUAUGGAGAAAAGGCCACCCAAAGCCAUUCUGUGUCACCUACUCUUCAUCAGCUAAAUCCUACCAGGGAAAAAUUGUACAAAUGUAAGGAAUAUGAACAAGCUUUCAGCUACCUGUCAUGCCUUACUCCACAUGAGAAAAGCCCUAAUAAAGAAAAACACUCUGAAGUUAAGAAACGUAGGAAGACCUUCAGCAAAAAGCCAACAUAUAUUCAACAUCAGAGGAUUCAGAAUGGUGAAAAGCCUUAUGAGUGUAUGGAAUGUGGGAAGGCCUUUGGUCGUAGUUCUGAUCUGAUUCAACAUCAGAAAAUUCAUACUAAUGAAAAACCUUAUCAGUGUAAGGCAUGUGGGAAAGCUUUUAUUCGUGGUUCACAGCUCACUGAACAUCAGAGAGUUCAUACAGGAGAGAAACCAUAUGAAUGUAAGAAAUGUGGAAAAGCCUUUAGUUAUUGUUCACAAUAUACUCUCCAUCAGAGAAUUCACAGUGGUGAAAAACCCUAUGAAUGCAAGGAAUGUGGGAAGUCCUUUAUUCUUGGCUCUCAACUUACUUACCAUCAGAGAAUUCAUAGUGGUGAGAAACCCUAUGAGUGUAAGGAAUGUGGAAAGGCCUUUAUUCUUGGUUCACACCUUACUUAUCAUCAAAGAGUUCAUACUGGUGAAAAGCCUUACAGAUGUAAAGAAUGUGGGAAGGCCUUUUUAUGUGCCUCCCAACUUAAUGAACAUCAGCGAAUCCAUACAGGUGAGAAACCCUAUGAAUGUAAAGAAUGUGGGAAGGCCUUUUUUCGUGGCUCACAACUUACUUACCAUUUGAGAGUUCAUACAGGUGAGAGACCCUAUAAGUGUAAAGAAUGUGGAAAAGCCUUUAUUUCUAAUUCUAAUCUUACUCAACAUCAGAGAAUUCAUACAGGUGAAAAACCCUACAAAUGUAAAGAAUGUGAGAAGGCCUUCAUUUGUGGCAAACAGCUUAGUGAACAUCAGAGAAUUCAUACAGGUGAGAAACCCUUUGAAUGUAAGGAGUGUGGAAAGGCUUUUAUUCGUGGUGCAUAUCUUACUCAACAUGAGAAAAUUCAUGGUGAGAAACAUUAUGAAUGUAAGGAAUGUGGGAAGACCUUUUUUCGUGCCACACAACUUACAUAUCACCAGAGAAUUCAUACAGGUGAGAAACCCUACAAAUGUAAGGAAUGUGACAAGGCUUUUAUUUAUGGCUCACAACUUAGUGAGCACCAGAGAAUUCAUAGAGGUGAAAAACCCUAUGAAUGUAAGCAGUGUGGGAAGGCCUUUAUUCGUGGUUCACAUCUUACUGAACAUCUAAGAACUCAUUCUGGUGAGAAACCCUAUGAAUGUAAGGAAUGUGGGAAGGCCUUUAGUCGUGGCUCAGAACUUACUCUACAUCAAAGGAUCCAUACUGGUGAGAAACCUUAUGCAUGUGUCCAAUGUGGUAAAGACUUUAGACGUCAUUCACAACUUACUCAACAUAUGAGAAUACAUACUGAUGAGAAACUCCUUGAAUGUAAGGAAUGUGGGAAGGAUUUUAGUUUUGUAUCAGUCCUUAUUCGACAUCAGCGAAUUCAUACUGGUGAGAAACCUUAUGAAUGUAAAGAAUGUGGCAAGGCCUUUGGUAGUGGUGCAAACCUUGCUUACCAUCAAAGAAUUCAUACUGGUGAGAAACCUUAUGAAUGUAGUGAAUGUGGAAAGGCCUUUGGUAGUGGCUCAAACCUUACCCAUCAUCAGAGAAUUCAUACUGGUGAGAAACCAUAUGAAUGUAAAGAAUGCGGGAAAGCCUUUAGUUUUGGAUCAGGCCUAAUUCGACAUCAGAUAAUUCACAGUGGUGAAAAGCCCUAUGAGUGUAAGGAAUGUGGGAAGUCCUUUAGUUUUGAAUCAGCCCUUACUCGGCAUCACAGAAUUCACACAGGUGAGAAACCUUAUGAAUGUAAGGAUUGUGGAAAGGCCUUUGGCAGUGGUUCAAACCUUACUCAACAUCGAAGGAUUCAUACUGGUGAGAAACCUUAUGAAUGUAAAGCAUGUGGAAUGGCCUUUAGUAGUGGUUCAGCCCUUACUCGGCAUCAGAGAAUUCAUACUGGUGAAAAACCGUAUAUAUGUAAUGAAUGUGGGAAGGCUUUUAGUUUUGGAUCAGCCCUUACUCGACAUCAAAGAAUUCACACUGGUGAGAAGCCUUAUGUAUGUAAGGAAUGUGGGAAGGCUUUUAAUAGUGGCUCAGAUCUCACUCAACAUCAAAGAAUUCACACUGGUGAGAAACCCUAUGAGUGUAAGGAAUGUGAGAAGGCCUUUAGAAGUGGUUCAAAACUUAUUCAGCAUCAAAGAAUGCACACUGGUGAGAAGCCCUAUGAGUGUAAGGAAUGUGGGAAAGCCUUUAGUAGUGGUUCAGACCUUACUCAACAUCAGAGAAUUCAUACUGGUGAGAAACCUUAUGAAUGUAAAGAAUGUGGCAAGGCCUUUGGUAGUGGCUCAAAACUUAUCCAACACCAGCUAAUUCACACUGGUGAAAAACCCUAUGAAUGUAAAGAAUGUGGAAAGUCCUUCAGUAGUGGUUCAGCUCUUAAUCGGCACCAGAGAAUACACACUGGUGAAAAACCUUAUGAAUGUAAGAAAUGUGGGAAGAAUUUUGGUACAGGCUCAAGCCUUACUCAACAUCAGAAAAUUCAUACUGGUGAGAAACUUUAUGAAUGUAAGGAAUGUGGAAAGGCUUUUGGGAGAGGUUCAGAGAUUCAGCAACAUAAAAAAUGUCAUACUGGUGAGUAGUAGAUCUGUGAAUUGGAAACUCUAUAAGUUAGAAUUAUGUGGUUAAGGAAGGACACAGGACAGAAAAGAAAAUUCAUACUGGUGAGAGUCACUACAAAUGUAAUUAAGGUACAAAUGCCUUACUUAUGCUUUCUUAGUCUGAAAGAAUUUAUACAGGAAAAGAAAAACCACUCUGAAGAUCUCUGUCUAUAUUCAUUCUUUCAUUGCUUUUGGAAAAUUCAUACUUGUGAAUAUUAAAAAUUAAAAAAACAUUUAUUGUAUUUUGCCUUUAUUUUAAACAUUGAAAAAUUCACUUGGGGGCUAAUCCUGCUACCUUUGUUUUUUUUAUGUUCUUAAUUUUUUGUGCAUUAUACAGAAUUACUAAUCCAUCUCAAAAUUAUUUUAAAUUAUUUAUUGAGGGUCUAAAUUUAGCCUUCUUCCUGUUUCUCAUUUGAAUGCCAUUUAUUUAAUAACUAUAUUUUUGUAUUUUUUAUUGCCUGUUUGAUGGUAAGUUAUAUUUUUAUACAUAUAAAGCAUGGAUAUCGGGUCAGUCUUUGUUUCUAAAUUUGCAUAUCUGUGUUUGUAUCUGUGUUCCAUUUUGUUCGUGUUAAGUUACUGUUACUUUUAAGUAUCCUUUAGUAUCUUGUGGAUCUGUAUCUUUUGUUUUGGAAGAUUGCUUUAUUUUCCUUUUAUAAAGUUUAUACUUCUCUUUUUGCAAAAUAAUUUUUCUCUAUAUUAAUGUAGAUAUGAACAAAGUAGAUAGUUAUCUGUAAUCAUACCAGUCAUAGACAAUCUUUAUCAAACUUUUGGAGCAAACUCUUUAAAACUACAUAUCAUUGUUUUUGACAGAAAGUGUGAUUGUGCUAUACUAUAACCAGCCUUUAAUAUUUGUUGUAAAUAUAUUGGUUAUUCUUUUAUUGGCUUCAAAGUAUUCACCUGUCUUUAUCAAACCCCUAUUUUGUCAAAUAUUGAAAAUUUUACCAUUAUAAAGAGUUAUCUUGAUGGCCCCUUU